AUGAAAUUCGCCUGGAUCCUCGCCGCCCUUUCUACCACGGCCUGGGCAGCUGUCGUUGAGAACGAGCACGAGCACGAGAAACGAGCCAAUCCUACCGGCGACGAAGUGAACUGGUCUUCGCUGGGAAAUGCCAUCCACUCCCUCUCCCUCAACAUCCCAACCCAAACCGCCAACCUCGACAACAUCGACCCUCCUCCCCGAUCUCUAAUCCCCCAGAUCGUAUCGGCGCUGCCCCCAACCGCGCUCGCCGCACUAGUCGUACCGGCCCAACGCGCCUCUCUCGCCAGCGACUUCAAAGCCGGCAAGACGCCAGACUGGUACAACACCCUCCCCACCGACGUGAAGAGCUACCUAUCUGUCGUGAAGAGCCAAAUCGCAGAGGGGGCGCUGACGGCGCCGCCGAAGAAGGCAGCCGCGCAGACAGAGCCGGCCAGUGCGGAUGCGUCGAGCACGGGCGGAGGGAGUGCCGCGUCGGCGACUUCCUCGGGGGCUGCAGUGGGUGGAGCGAAGCCGACGGGACUCGUCGUGGGAGGGAUGGGGGCGUUGGGUGUGCUGGGCGUGGCGUUGGCGUUGUAAGGGUGGAC